UUUAACUUGACCCGAGUGUAAGCAUGUCAGUAGUUAAUAGUUCUUUCCAUUUGCAGAUUCCAGUGUACCUCGCAAAGACACUUGCUCAACAAUUGUAUGUUCUACAGUUUCCUGUUCGGCCACGUGCUCACAAUUAUGAUGAGUCGACCAUUCUUAAGACAAAGAUCCGGCCGAGGAGUGGUCAGAUAGAGAUGGAGUUGGGAUUGCAUACCAGGGGUGCGACAUAUGACAAAAGCAAGGGUGAACAGAUUGCCCUGAACGUAGACGGAGCUUUUAGAGACAAGCGUGAUUCAGAAGACAAUUUUUAUAAAAGCAAUGUGAUGGACAAACUGGUCCUAACAUCAACUAAGGCUCUGAGUGACUGCAACCGUUACGCAGUGGGUGUAGUUCGGGAUUCUGGACUUCACUUAACCCCUGUAGCAUCAGUGUUUGCUCUUCGCCCUUCUCUUGCUUAUCUCGACCAGGCCGACAAAUGCAGGAAGAAAGAAAGGAAAGACUCGACUGGAGAGGAAGAUUCUGACGAAGAAGAUAAGGUGAAAAAGGUAACAGUGAGAUUUGAAAAACCAGAGACAGAACGCAGCCGCAAGGCCAAAGAGAAGAGCUAUGGGUUUUUGCUGCGACAGAUUAAGGAAGAACCUUGGGUUGAGGUCAGCUAUAACAAGCGCGGCAGCGACAAGAGUGAAUUUGAGUCUCGCAAACUAUACUGCAUGUACGAAGAUGAAAUGGUAGAUCAGUUUAGUUUGUCCUCAAAAGACUACCUCAAUCAAUUGGUUCCUCCGACGGAAGAGGUCAAGAUGCUAACUCCUGGACUUCCAGCCCACCUGAUGUCCAAGUCGGGUCUGAUUUCACUUGAUCUCCACAACCAUGUGAAAACAGUGAUGAUUAAUGCUGGUGUGGCCUCAUUUACAGAACUAAUGGAAGUUUUAGAUCGUGGGAACACUGCAGAAUUCAUGUUGUCAGUGCUGAAAGUGCUUCAGCAGGUGGCAGUGCUUGUCCAGGGGAACUGGGUCGUUAAAAGUGAUCUGCUAUAUCCAAAAGACAGCAAGUCAGAGACGGGUGUGUCCAACGAACUGAUCCAGCGAGGACGGGAUUUUGUCUUAUAUAUGUUCACAAAAAACCCAGUUUUGCGACGUGCUGAAGUAGCAGACACAAUAAGACUGCCAGGUAAUGAUGUGAAGGAAAUUCUCUCUGGAGUAUCAACGUAUUGUUCGGCGAGAGCUGUCUGGGAAUUCUUGCUUCCAACUGAUACAGCUUUUGUAAAGAAAUAUCCUGAUGUGUUCCAGCGGCAGCAGAUGAUUUGGCAGUCAAGAAGUGAGCAGCUUGCUCAUGUAUUUACUGAGAAGCAAAUCAAACAAGAAGACUCAAAACCAGGAACAUCACGUAAAUCCCAGCUGUUGCAUGCCAGAACAAGUUCCACGGAAGAUCAGUCGUCUAGUAAUCAGAAUCAGUCAUUUCCAUCAAAACAACGGAAAUCUAAUACUGAUUUUAGCUGAGGCUAUCUCAUUUAGUAUUUAUUUUGACUGGAACAGACUGUGAUCACCGUUUUAUUUUAUAUUAAAUGUUUUUCAUGGAAGUGUUGUAUAGUGAAGUUAAACCUUUUCUGAAAAUGUUUAUAGUUUUGUUGUUUAAAUUUACCUUUUUUAUAUUGUGGAAUGUCAGCUGAUGAAUUUUGUAUUUAUUACUUUCAAUUUAAAUUAAACAUAAACUCCCCGCAAUUGCAUCCUGCG